UUUCUGUUCAAUCGCAUUCACUUCUUCUUCCCCACAAAAAAAGCGCAUUCCCUUCUGUCAAAGGCAGUCCAUAAAUAUUAUUAUUCUAGAAGAGAAAAAGCACAAGGAAAAUGAGAGAAGAAAAUCACGCUAAUACAAAUUACAAUACAACGAUGAUGGAUGGCCGCAAGCUUUGAGAGUCCGCCGGUGGCUUCACUUUCCUACCUUCCUUCCCCCCCCUCUCUCUGUUUCUCUCUCUACUUCGCCGCCGGCCAGCGACUUUUCCGUGCCUCCGUCCAUGGAAACUAUCAAUUAAUCCCUUCAGUUUAAAAAUAUAUAUAUGCUGGAAGUAGGAUCACGGCUCCCAAUUCCCGCAUCAUUUUUUAAUUCCCCCCCUCCCAAACAACAAAACCCUGAAAUUCUUCGAAUUUCCCUCGAACCCCUCAAAUUUUUGUCCACCGCGUGUGUGAGAGAGAAAGAAAGAGCGGGUUCUCUGGGGGAGGGGGGUUUUAGGUGGAUCGAAUUUCGAAUCCCACUACCCAUGUCAAGGAAUUCGUAGAAGUUUAUUUCUUUCCUCCAUCUGGGUUGAUUCUGGGAAUUUUGAUCUGGGUUAGAUUUCAGGGGAGGAAUAGCCAGAAGAAACAAAAAAAAAAAUGUUCUGUAAAAUGAUCCUUCUGCAUCACAAGAAGAAGACCGGUACGGUGCCGGUGUAUCUGAAUGUUUACGAUCUGACUCCCAUGAAUGGCUACGCUUACUGGGUCGGCCUCGGCAUCUACCAUUCUGGUGUCCAAGUUCAUGGAGUUGAGUAUGGUUUUGGAGCUCAUGACCAUUCAACGACAGGGAUUUUCGAGGUCGAACCAAAGCAGUGCCCUGGUUUCACUUUCAGGAAAUCAAUACUCAUCGGAAGAACUGAUCUGGGUCCUAAGGAAGUUCGGUCGAUGAUGGAGAAAAUGGCACAAGAGUAUUCUGGGAAUACCUACCAUCUCAUCACCAAGAACUGCAAUCACUUCUGUAAUGAUGUGUGUCUCAAGUUAACUGGGAAAACAAUCCCUAGUUGGGUCAACCGACUUGCUUGUUUAGGUUUCCUGUGUAACUGUGUCCUUCCAGCAGAGCUGAAUGGGGCUAAAGUCAGGCAAGUUAGGUCAGAUGCCAGGACGCAGCAGCAAGUAGAGAAGAAGAAGUUAAGGAGCCGCUCGAGUAGAUUUGCAUCCACCACACCCACUACAUUAACAAAAAACUGCUCGGGUUCCGAAAUCAGACGGGGUACUGGAAACAGCAUAUGAGUUGAUGGUCUUGAUGCUCUAACUGGAACUGGACAGGGUUGGUUUUCUCAAUUUCCAUGUUUAGGGUGUUACAUAGAUUUUUCACAGAAGAGAAUCCAAUCGACCUAUAGAUAGGGAAAAGAAAAAGAACCCAGACUUCUCAUGUUUAUCCCUGCCGUGCCUUGCAAUCAUGUUCGGUGGGUUCUGGGAACUGCUGCUUUAGAAGUUUGUUUGUUGCAGCAUUUCCGGGGUUUCUUUGGUUUCUUGUAUAAAAUGAAAAGAGGCUUCUUCUUCUUCUUCUUCUUCUUCUUCUUCUUCCUUGUUCAUCCAAAAAUGACAACUUCUUCUACUUCUUCUUCAAAAAUGACAAAGCAUUUCCUGAACCUAUGGUGAGUUGGUCUUGAAGGUGAGGGGCCAAAAAGAAAGGU